AAACGUCAAACGCAGUCGCAAGAAUAACAAAACAGCGAGUCGGAAACUUGUAUUAAAUUUAGAUGAUAUUUUCAGUGAAAAACAAAUAAUAAUUAACAAAUUAUUCAUAAAACUGUUGCGCAGAAAGUGAACACUCAUCUCCCAUUAUGGAUAAAUCGUUCGGAUCAUUGUUCGGCCCAUCAAGGAAUAGUUCCAUCUCACGGUCGCGCCAAUCACUCGGUGGAUCAUUGUUUUCGACCGGUGGCGCAGGUGGACGCAAAGGAUCGGUUCUGCCUAGUGGGCCGAUCGGUCGCAAAGGGUCCGGUCGUUACAGCCUUUCCACACGGUCCAACAUUUCCACGCUGCAGGUGGUGGCCAAGUCGGAUUACAAUAUCCUGGAGUGCUAUGGUUUGCCGCUUCCGGUGCAAGUUAACGAAAUACUCACCUUCGCGGAGCGAAGUGCUCCCGUUUCGAUCAAUUACAGUCCGAACGGUUGGGCAUGGCUGGUCCAUGGCCGUCGAUUGCUAAUCUGGCAGUACCGGGAGAGUCAUUCGAAAGCAAUGGCCACCAUUGGUGGAGGGGAUAACUUUCCGACGCCACGACGAGCUUUGGCCAGCCAGUGUCGACAGCUGACGUUACCGCACUGUGACAUUGGCCAUAAGGCGACGCUCGUAACGGUGUUCAUUGCCGAAGGGCAUCAGAUGGCUUCCUGUUUGGCAGUGUCGCCGGCCGGCGAUGUCCGUUAUUGGCCGUCGAUUGCACACGAUGGAUCAUCCAUCGAUGAGUAUAAUAUUUUGGAAGGGCAGGAAUUCGAGGAAUUGGUUGGUUUUACCGGUGGAAACUAUCUGCUGGUGACGACAACGUGCAGUUUGGUGCAGUUGCAGAUUCAGCUGCAAGGCGGACGACAAUCGAUUUUAUCGGAACUGGUAAAACCGCCGUCCGGGUUUUUCGGAGGAAUUGGAAAGAAGUUUGCCUCAAUUAUUAUCGGAAUGCACAGUGCUCCGGAGAGAGAAAACAAAUUGAUCAGAAUCAACAGCGAGAAAAUUUCCAAUCACGAGUGGCACGUUACGGUGCUGGCCGACAAAUGGAUUCAACGGUGGGCCUUCAGUCCAACUCGUUCGAACGAACGGUUCCUGUGUGAAGAUGCUGAAAUUAUUCGCAAAAUUAGAGAAUAUUUCUUGGGAAAAUUGUGGAGCACCAGUCGUGAUCCCAAUGAAAUAGAACUCUGGACGUUGGAUAUGCAAUCGACGGACCGAGGCGUGCUGAUAUUGGCCGCGGCUUGCAAUAUGCAACGUACUGGCCCACAGGUCCAUUAUGCUCUGCUGACGUUUGUCUACGAAGGCGGCGAUAGUAUGGUGCUGAAGGAAAGCGUUAUGAUGAAGUACAAAGGGUUCUUCAGUAGAGAACGAGAAGAGGAGUGUACUUCGUUUAAGUUUAUUGCCAACAGAGCGGUAGCAUACGUCUACAACGAAAAAGUUAUCUAUCCUGUGAUUUUGGACAGAAACUCCGGAAGUUCGGCGAAUAGCGAGAGCAGUAGCCCAUCUGAGGAUUUGGAGAAGAUCGAGUUCAAUGUCCAAGAUGAUGGAAUAUUGGCUGCAAACUGUUUCCAAAACAUGGCGCUAUUCUUUUCUAAAAUUCAUGGUUUGGUUGUGGUGACUCCAUCUGAUUUUGAACCCAGUAGUGAAGUGUUCAACUCGUCUGUCUCGUCGGAUGUCUUCAAUCCUAAUAUUUCCGUCAAUGACUCUGCUUUCAUUUCACACUCAAUCUUUGCUCCAGCCACUACCAAUGCCGGCAAUCUUGUCCUCUACGAUUUAGAUCCGGAAGAAAUCAGCAGCGCUGAAAAAGACGAAGUAAGUCAAUUGAAAGCAGCUUUCAUCUACUACAUCAAACGAAACACAUCGGCGUCCAAUGAAAUUAUCAACGAAAUGCUCCAAACCCUCGAGCAGAAAACUCUGGACAGUGAACUUGACCAAACCGUACUAACAAUCGCGCAGGAUCUAGCUGAGGACAUCCCAGCAGCUGAUCCACGCUGGGAAGUCACCAAUAAGCAUGCCCUUGGAUCGUCCACUUCGAUGCAGAUUGUUCAACAACUUCGCGAAAAGAACGUUGCUCUUACCCAGUUUUUAGAGUUCCUGCACGGUUCCAGUCUCUGGGACAAGCUAACUGCAACCACCGCCGGCGACAACAUACGACCCACGGCUCAUUUACUAGCCGACAUAGCCGAGAAGAUCGCCGCUGCCAUUGCUCUCAAAUGUCUCCACAACAGCCACGCCCGAAUCAUCGAUGAAGCCAUCGAUCUGGUUCUCAAAGAAAGCAAUCGCUCACCACCUUCCCCAAAUCUCACCAACCAAGAUCUGUUCUACGUGCAAGUCAACCAGAUUCACGAGAUAUUCAAAGUAUUCGGCGAAAUGGUUGAAAAUUAUGUUAAACAGGAACUCACAACAACACAAAUUCAAACGGCACUGGUGGAAAUCAACACAAUCACCAUCGCCGUUCUCCAAGAGGUCACCAAGUUCCGUGAACUAAAGGCAAGUUUGUUUGCCGUGAGAGAUGACCUCAAUCGGUACGAGUACGUUCCGUGGACUGCGUCGUCUGGGCGGUACGGCCUGAAGGAUGUCCUACUGCACAUGAUCAACAACACACUGAACUAUGGUAUCAAGGGAAGCGGCGAACCGGAAUUCAAGAUUAAGCACUACCAACACAUGACCGACUUGGUGGACUUUGUGCUGGAUGGGCGCAAGCGGUUCCUGGAGAGCGUGCAGGACGAGGACAAGCAGACAGUGCUGCAGCAGCAGUACGAAUCCAAGAGGAGCGAUCUGAUAUUUCCCUUGGUCGACGCCGAGCAGUACGAGCUGGCCGCCAAGCUUGCGGAAAAGUAUCUCGAUUUCCAAAUUUUGGUGGUGAUCUGUGACAAAACCAACAACCAGGCCCGCCUGGACGAGUACAUCGAGCGCUACAAGGAGCAAGACUUUUCCCAGUUCGCCAUCAGUUGGCACAUGCGCCAGAACAAACAGAGCGACAUCUUCCAUCGCUUCAAGGGGAACCAGGCUGCGCUGGCACGGUUCCUUUCCGAUCAUCCUUCGCUAGCGUGGAUCCAGCUGGUGUUCAACGGAGAAUUGGCUCAGGCUGCAGAAGUGCUGCUUAGCUUGGCGCAAAACGAAAAGGAAUUGCUAAGUCGGAAGCGAGUAAUGCUCUCCCUCUCGAAACUGUGCGCUUUGGCAGCGGAGGGUGAUUUCAGCGCCCAAAUAACGGAGAUAAAUGCGGAGGUGAAAUUGUUGGAUUUACAAGAGCAAAUACCAAUCGACAUUCUGAACAUCUACGGGUAUGACAUCAAGAAUGCCAAGGUCCUUUCGCCGGAGGAAAUAGUAGAUUUAUACAUUGCCGACGAGUACAGCAAAUCCACGGAAACGGAAUUCCGCAAAGCACUGGAACUUUUAGAUUUCGUUGAUGAUCCCAUAGAAGUUCGGCACAAAAUCUGGUGCGCCGCCAUCCUGCGUGAUAACUGGGAAGACUACAAUCGAAGUGCACCGCUGGACACCAUGCAGAACAUAAUGUUCUUCCGUUUGAUCGAUUUGUGCUACAUUCUGGACGGUGAGCUGGAGAAUUUUCUUCCACCGGUGGAUAGUUUUUUGAGCGCCCCGGAGCUAGGUGACCUGGUGGAGAACAAAUCGUUCCAGUAUCUGAUAAAACUAGGCUAUGAACACAUUUACGAUUCGUACAAGAAAAAAUGAGAUGGUAAACAUUUGUUCCUAUGAAGUUUCGUCAAGUGUUUUUCCGUAUUUUUUCAUAUUUGAAUAAAUGUCUUGAUCUUCAUGAAUGCCCAGUAAUAA